UAGUAUAGAGCUGGGCUGCUGAUGCGCAGAGCACCUACUGUGGGAUAUCGCUCCAGCAGGGCCAUCCUGGGGCUGCCCUCCAUCUCUCCCAGCAGAGCCAAUGGACGCCCACGCAGAUCUCCUGACAGAACUCCAGCUGCUGGAUAAGGUGCCCACGUUGGAGCGGCUGCGGACAGCUCAGAAGCGCAGGGCUCAGCAGCUGAAGAAGUGGGCGCAGUACGAGAAGGAGAUGCAGCACAAGAAGCGGAAGCAUGAGAAGAGGAGGAGCGCUGUGAGCCGCAAGAAGGUGUCUUUUGAGGCCAGCGUUGCUUUGCUGGAGGCAUCGCUGAGGAAUGAUGUGGAGGAAGUGUGUUACUUACUGAAGAACAAUAUCAGCCCGGACCUGUGCAAUGAAGAUGGACUCACUGCACUGCAUCAGUGCUGCAUAGACAACUUCGAAGAGAUAGUCAAGCUUCUCCUCAACCAUGGGGCUAAUGUCAAUGCAAAGGACAAUGAGCUAUGGACCCCACUGCAUGCAGCAGCUACCUGUGGUCACAUCAACCUGGUGAAGAUUCUAAUUCAGCAUGGAGCAGACUUGCUGGCAGUAAAUGCAGAUGGAAACAUGCCAUAUGAUCUCUGUGAAGAUGAGCAGACCCUUGAUGUCAUUGAGACCUGCAUGGCAUACCAGGGCAUCACACAGGAAAAAAUCAAUGAGAUGCGGGCUGCUCCGGAGCAGGCCAUGAUCUCGGACAUCCGAGGUCUAAUUGCAGCAGGACAAGACCUGAACAGGACAGAUAUUCAAGGUGCUACAUUGCUGCACAUAGCUGGGGCUAAUGGCUACCUGCAUGCAGCUGAGAUGCUUCUAGACCAUGGAGCACGGCUAGACAUCCAGGACUGGGAUGGCUGGGAACCUCUCCAUGCUGCUGCCUUCUGGGGACAGAUGCAAAUGGCAGAGUUGCUGGUGUCCCAUGGGGCCAGCUUGAGUGCCAGGACGGCCUUUGAUGAGAUGCCAAUAGACUUGUGUGAAGAAGAGGAGUUCAAAGUGUUACUGCUGGAGCUGAAACAUAAGCAUGAUGUGAUCAUGAAAUCCCAGAUGAGGCACAAGUCCUCCCUCAGCAGGAGGACCUCCAGCACGGGAAGCCGAGGGAAGGUGGUGAGGAGGGCGAGUCUUUCGGACCGGACCAACCUUUACAGGAAGGAGUAUGAGAAGGAGGCCAUUGUCUGGCAGCAAAUGGGAGCAACAGAAGAACAGAGAAACUCAGGCUAUGCUGGAGAAAUCAUGGAGGCUCGAUCUGACCAAGAGAACACAGAUCCAAAUUCAGUGCUGGAGAACUCUAUGCUCCUUCCUGAGUUAGCUACCAAAAGCACACAGAGUGACCCUGAAUCCUCCCUCCAGAAUGGACUCAGGGCAUCGGCCAGCACUUACCAGUACUCGGUUUCCAACGGGGACAUCUGGAAAAUGCACACAGCUCCAGACUGUAAUACAAGUCAAGCCCUGCCCUACAGCAGCCCCGGUGACCCUGACUUUCAGCAAAUCUGGGGUGGCUACAAGGAUCGCAGCCAUCAAACACUUUCUGAACUGAAGCGGCAGCGGGCUGCAGCUAAGCUGCUUAACCACCCUUUCCUCAGCACCCACUUUGGCACCAGUGUGAGCGGGGUAGUUGAGAAUGGGGGUGAGGCCAAGGAGCACCUGAUUGAUUCCAGGACUUCUCCCUACAGUCCCAAUGGGACGUCAGUUUAUUACACAGCGUCCAGUGGCGAUCCCCCUCUCUUGAAAUUCAAAGCUCCCAUGGAUGAAAUGGAGGAGAAAGUGCACGGGUGCUGCAGGAUUUCCUAGUGUCAUCCAUGUCUCACCUCAGAGGAGACUAAAAGUGGAUGGCCAGGUUAGCUUUAUUACUGAGGAUGGGCUGUUUCCAUCCCUACAUGGGGAGAACUCAGUUUAGUUACAUAGGACUUGAUGGGGCCAGCCUCAUUCAUCUUGAAUAGUACCUUACCCUGCCAGUAACCCCACUGCAAUCAAAUGAGUAAGGCUGGCAGAGUGAGGCCCAUAGUGGAAAAAUGAAGUACACAUCCUUGCGUGCAGUAAAAAAAAAAGCUACCCCUCUCUUCCUCAUGGCAGUGUUAUGAAAGGGACAGUGAGGGGCUCUCCACUGUAAAUCAUGCAGGGUCUUUGAAAGACAAAACCAUCUGAAUUAGAGUCCUCCCUUUCUGCGCCUCAUGCUGGGAGCCACCCAGCUUCUGGAAUGCGACAUGCUGGGCCUGCCUCUCACUCAUGGAUGUGAUAGGUGUGUCCCCCGAGAAUGUGUGGCCAGCCCCCUGCAUUUGUGCAAACAGCCCAGGAGUUGCAAGUGCAGACUUUGAGUCUUUGGUGUGUUUCAUUUGGCUACACAGAGGUGAAGCUGGGCACAUCCCCAGUGCAUGUACUUCGGGAAGUUGUGUGAUGCCUGCAUUGUGUGAUGCCUGACGGCCCAC